AUGGCUGACGCUGCAUACGAUCUCGCAAACGUACAGAAGACCGUUGAUAGUGAGGAAUCGGAAAAACCCGACCUUCGCAAAGUAUACCGCAAAGUCGACCCCAGAGUUUCCUGGUUUCUCUGUGGCAUCUACUUUCUCCAGUUCAUCGACAAGUCCUUGCUUAACUAUGCGGGCGUUAUGGGCAUCAAGGACUACUUGGACGAAGGGCUGGACCAGUUUUCCAACUUGGGAACGAUGUUCUUCGUGGGCUUCAUCGUUGGAGAGCCUAUAAGCGCAUACCUUUUUCAGAAACUUCCAGCUGCCAAACUCUUGAGCUUUAAUAUCUUUUGCUGGGGCAUUGUGAUUAUUGGGCAUGCGUUCCUGAAGAGUUAUGCGUCGUUGAUGGUGGUCAGGACGCUUUUGGGGCUUUUUGAAGCUUGUGUGGCUCCAGGAUGUGUUUUGGUGACUGGAAUGUGGUAUAACCAGACCCAGCAGCUUCGAAGGUUGUGUUGGUGGACGUGCCAGGCUGGGUUCUCCACGAUUAUUGGUGGUCUUUUGAGUUUUGCGUUCCAGCAUGUCAAGCUGGAAGAUUUCCAGGGCUGGCAGAUCUUCUACUUGGUGAUGGGCGUGAUUACACUGGGGUUUGGCAUCUUGGUGGCUAUCUUCGUUCCUGAUUCGCCAGUCAAGUGUAAGUUUCUUACCCAGCCAGAGAAGAUAGCAGUGUUGGAGAAUAUCAAGGCCAAUAAUACCGGAACUGAAACAUAUACCUUCAAAUGGGAACAGGUCAAGGAGCUUUUCCUCUAUGACAAACACACAUAUGUGUUUCUUGCCUUGACGUUGCUUUCCAUGAUCCCUACGGGAGCUGUGUUGACGUUUUCCGUGCAAAUCAUUGCCAACAUUGGUUUCACCAAUAAGGAGGCUGCCUUGAUGCAGAUGCCCUUGGGAGUGUCCACCAUCUUGGCAAUCGUGAUCGGCACCUACUUGUGUGCCUACUUUAAGGGCAAGUAUCGUAACUUGAUCUUUAUUUCUAUGCUCGUGCCUGCCAUCAUUGGCUAUAUCGUGCUUGUCGCCAGCCACGAUAAAAUCGGACAGCUUCUUGCUGUGUAUCUUAUUAACGUCGGAACUUGCGUCAUCACCAUGAUAUACUCGUGGAACUCGGCCAAUACCGCUGGUUAUACUAAGCGAGUUGUGCGUAACUGUAUCACUAUGGUGUUUUACGCCGUGGGAUGUUUGAUUGGUCCACAGCUUUUCCGUGAAAGUGAUGCUCCACGGUACAUUCCUGCCAAGGUGACGCUUUUGGUGAUUGAAAGUGUUUGUAUCCCAAUCGUCCUUUUUGUGAGUUACAUCUCGAGACACGAGAACAAGAAAAAGGAGAAAAUCACCAAAGAAGAGGAGGACGAAUGGGUCUCCGAGAAGGGCGCUCAUUACCAGUUCUUGGACUUGACCGAUAUGAAGAACAUCCACUUCCGGUACUCAUACUAA